CUGUGUAUUAUGUAUUUCAAGUGAGAAGCGGUCGUGUGAAAAGGUCUUCUUACUUGAUACAGACGCGUGAUACAGACAUAUCACUUUAUUAGUGGUGUUAUCAAUGUUUAUGAUGUAAAAGGAUUAAUGUAGUUCAUUAUUUAGUUGAGUGGAUCCCCUCUUCAGAGGAUACAAGAUUAUAUACCUGUGAAAUAAGAGUCUACAGAUGCUAUUAUAUUACAUUUUCUAUUUCUAAUGAUCCAGCGGUACUAAGGAAGGUUUCUUUCGUCCGUUUGAACUACUCUACAGGACACCAUACCAAUACUCAGUCAGGCUUUGGUGUCGGUGAUAAAUUCAGAAGAGGUGUUUCUAUGUCCAAUUACAUUGCGUGUGCUUCUAUAAUUGCCAGGUUUUAGUAUCGGAAGCCUUAAUUUACUGUGGACGUAUUCCUAUUCUAAUAUAAUUGGGAAUAUUGAAUGGUGCAUAGAGGAAACCUUGUUAAUAAGUGUUUGAUGAAGUUAAUAUGAAGGAGGGCGAUAAUGAAUUUCCACGGUAGCCUCACCAUGCUGGCCACUAUUUACUUUCCUGUGACGUGAUUGGCGGUGUCGUCUGCUAGUUGUAUUUUCCCUCGCGUAUUAGAAUAUACCUCACUAAAGGAUAGCUAAUAAUUAUCAAAGUUUGAUGUCUUUCACACCACAGUUGGAGCUGUCGAGUGGCAAUAUUUGCCACACGGAAAGACAUCUAUUCUUCAUGGAUUCCAACGAAGAGAACGAGUCGGAAAACAUGACUUGCGAUUCCUUGGAUUAUGCCAACAUGCAAUCCACGAUUGUCAUACAGCAGCUAAUGUUAACAGCAUUUAUCGUAGCUGGGUUUGUUUGUACCAAAACCAUAUACGACAACAUUAGAAAACGACAGGCUCGCAUGACUGUGGUAGUUAUAGGAGGGGGUCCCAUAGGGUUAUUAUCAAUCUUAAUAGCAGCCAAAACUGGUAAAGUAAGGAAAUUAAUUUUAUUUGAGGAAUUGUGUAAAAAGGCGUUAUUAAACAAACCGCACCAAUUAGCUAUGGACCCCAAGAGUGUGGUUUUCUUACGGAAACUAGGUGUUGACUUCGAUAAUAUUGAAGGCUGUUGGUCCAAUGACAGUUUCUUCACACAUGUAGGAAUAUUUCAAGAAUAUUUAGUGAAUGUGAUAUGCAGAUUAGAUAUAUCAAAAGAUUUACGGUUCGGACACAAGUUUACAAGAGAUAGUAUAAAAGAAUUAGAAUGUAUAGAAGGAAGACGUAUGGUGAUAGUGUGUGAUGGGGCUAAUGGUCAAGCUGUUCGACAACUAGGAUUAAGUGAUGAAUUCAUACAACAUUCCUGUCGAGCUUAUGGUGCUGUCGCUGCCAUCGACCGUCAAGACGCUAGUAACGUGCCAUUACCUGAAAGGCGAUACCACAACCUUUUCUUUGAUCUCUCAGCUUACGGCACUGAUACCAGUCAAGUUGACGGCCAUCAGGGAUUUUCUUUAAAGCUUUUCGGCGGUUCCCGACAUCGCUACAUGACGUUGGCAACCAACAAGAAUGAAUCAGUGUUAGUAAAAACCCUGAGAGUCGUCUUAGAUCGAUCGGUGAUGAGAAAUAUAUUUUUAAAAUGUUUUAAUACAUAUAAAGAUGAGGGUGAGAAGGAGAUAGGAGAUUCAGUGGCAUUAAAACACAUGAAGUUUAGUUCAAGACUUUUUGAAAUCAAAUUAUCCCAGAGAGUAGAGACGGUGGGAUAUUUUCAGGAAUCUAAUACAUUUGUUGUAGCAGAAGGUGAAGCUGCUAGAUGUUAUAAUAUACAUACAGGAAUGGAUGUGAAUGUUGGAAUAAAAGGUCUGAUGUCUCUAUCCAAACUUAUUACCAUGGCAACGACGGCGGAAACGGAACAUGCCAUUAUGAAUACCAUGCAACAAAAAUCGAAUCAUGCCGAACAAGUAUGCAAGGACUUCUUAAAAAAUGGUUUAAAUGAAUACGUGUUUUUACGACCAUCGUAGAGUGAAGCAAUUGGCGAGAUUUUUUAGGUGAUAUCGUGACGAGAUAGAUGAAUACCGUGAUACACAGUGUUAAACUUAAUCAAUAACAAAUGGAGUAUCUGGUGGACGUUUAUGGAGAAUGGUUUCUAGAGGAAAAAAGAAAGAAACGUAAGCAAUAUAAUGCUUAAAUAUCGGAAAGAAUUGUAACCGUUUGACGUAGGGAUUAAUUAACUGAUCAUGACCCACCUCUGUCGAUCUCCAGAGGCUGUGAUUUCAGUGCUAGAAGUUGGCUAUGCAAAGCAUAUGGAUGGAUCAUUAAAUACCUAUAAAGUGAAAGUGCCGCAUCAGUAAUCUCUGCUUGAAAACUACUAGUCUUUUUAUAUAUUAAGAAAUUACACGUAUGGAAUCACGCAUACCGUUUCUGGCUCACACACAGUAUAUGAUUCAUACUCACGUGUAAUGGCUCAGACGCUAUGAGCUUAAAUAAUAGCUAUGGACUUCCCAAUUCUCCCUGUCAUUUCCAUAAUGUCAUAUAAUAUAAAUAGGUUCUAAUAUUUACAUGGUUAACGUCAAUUUUAUUUUAGCAUCACUUGUUACCAUAUUAUUAGCAAGCUUUUGUUCAAACCGUAGAACUUUUCUGGAAACGAACCAAAAGUGUAUAUGAAAAUAUAUAGAAAAUACACAAGAACAAGAGAAAGGAAAUAAUCAAAGGGAAUGAACAUUAUCUUGCAGCUUUCUUCAACACAAGUACGAUACAGAUUGAAUCAUUGAUCUAUCGGCAUGAUUAUUGGUGUGAGAAGAGAUGAAAGUAUGGAAAUCAUUAGUGCUCUGUGUCGUCUUUUAAUACAACAUAUUGAAAGGUUGGCCACCAGAUAAUAGAUUUGUAAUAAAGAUAAUACCUUUGCUCUUUUAGCAUAUCUGGUAGACCGGUGUUUUCAAAUAGAGGAGCUUCUUCCUUUUAAAUCUCCGGGGAUUUUCUUAAUAUCAAUACGUAUUAUAAAAUACAAUAAAAUUAUUUGUGUAGAACAAAGAAACCAACUGGGUAAUUUAUCGACAUUAUGGAAAAGGCACAGUUAAUUAUUAAGAGAUAAUGAUAUGUAAAGAAAGACAGUUCCUUAUUUUCAUCCAACUUCAUUAACAGAUCAUUAUUUUCUUCUUUAUUGAAAGAAUGGUUUCGUUUCGUUUUUCCCUUUCAUAUUAUUGAUUGUGAUUAAGCCUGGAUGAUUUAUUUGUUUCAUAUUGUGUAAACAGAUAUUAGCAGGCACCUAGCAGCUCACAUAAAUGUGUUUUGCUGAUUAUCUCUAGAACACGACAAGAAUACUUAGCUGUAUCUUCUAUUAAAAAAUAUUAACUAAUAUGAAUUGGCUGAUGGUCCAGUAUUACUUCAAGUUUCAUACCACAUCAUAUAAUAAAAAUAAACUUCACUCUUUAAAAUUCCAAACCCCGUCCUACUACAAGACAUCUUCGUAUAUCCUGUUUACAGGGAAGGCAAAUUUAAAUCAACAUGGCAUGAAUCCAUUUGAAAACAUAUUAAAUUUUGUAAUAUUUUGCCUCGCCUUCGCAUUAUCAAAUACACAUAUCUCAUUUCCAACAUUCUUUCAAACAAAUCACAAGCAACCUUUAUGUCAAUGUAUGAGAAAAAAAAGAGUGUCCCAUCGGUCGGUCCUCUUCUGAUUAGAUGACAUUCUAUUCCAAACAUACAAAAGCAUAAUUAUCAUGUAUUCUGUCGAUUGUAAGUACCCAACAAGAUGGGCAUACACUCAAAGCCGUAAACAGAACAUUAAAACCGGUUUUAAAAGAAAAGUGCUUACAGUGCAUAAUUUUGUUGUUGACCCGUUUUUACAAUUGUUUGAAUAAAAAUCACUUCGAAUUAAAGGCAACCUUUUAAUGUUGCGUAAUAAUUGUUGUUGAACACAUGUCACAUGUAUUGAUUAAUUGAGAGGCAUAUGCCAUUUUUUUUUAAAAUGUUUUUGUUGGAUAUAUUUUAUAAAACGGCUAGACCUCUUUCAUUUGAAUCUAAUAUCAAAUUGUUGAUGUGGGUUGACAAUUUAUUUUCGUCGAAAUGAUGAAAUAUAACCGAUUUUGCGUUCAACCGUCAGCGCAUUAAGCCAAUCUCUCGAAACAAACAAAAAAUAAAUCGGAAGAGAUCAAUCAGAUCAACCCACUUCAGUACUAAAUGUUGACUUAAAUUAAAGAGGUUUAGCUCCUUUAAGUUAUUGUAAUCGUAAAUAAACUGGGUGAACGUAUUUGUGCGCAAUUAAUUAAUAAACCGUAGCCUCAGUCGGUUCGUUAUUUUAAAAAGUGUACACAAUUUGUCAAUUUUGUAUAUAAAUGUUAAUAAUAACUAUCAAUUUUUGUUUAAUAAAACAUUCCCAUGUUAAAUAA